CGCAAUCACCGUGCACGGAAACUAUACAAAACAUUGGGCAUUGAGCGAAAAUUCUAACCUUUCUGUGAAAAUUGAAAUGCAUGUGUGUACAUUAAUUAAUGUUAAUAUAAACAAUCGGAAGUAGCCAGCAUAAAAAGCUUACGAAGUUCAAACCUGUGCGAAGUACGUGAUAGUGUGUGUGUGUCGCGUGUAUAUUUGCGUAGGCGAGUGUGCGUGUGUGUGUUUGUGUGUGGGUAGGUGCUGUGUAGAAAAAGAAAAUUAGUUUUUCGUGCAUUCGUCGUGUGUUUAUUGAUUUCUCAAGGAAAUCAGUUUUCGACAUUUUUACGUCCUGUUGUAGUUGCUGAACAGUGUCCACGCACUGUGUACUGCUAAACUCCGCCGACGCGAAGUUUCAUUAAACAAUCCCCAGCGAUCUACAUAUACAAUGACACAAAUGGCGCAGGAAGAAAUUGUCUCGAAUACCAAAACGGUAAUGCAGGGCUUGGAAGCCCUUCGUGUCGAACAUGUCACACUGAUGAAUAACCUCUCGGAAGGUAGCAAAACCGAUCCGGACAAGAUGGAAAUCGUAAAGAAGAAUAUGGAGAACAUUGAACUUGGUCUUAGCGAAGCACAGGUCAUCGUGAUGCUGUUUGCUCAUCUUCAAAACAUUGAAGCCGAAAAGCAAAAACUACGCACGCAGGUGAAACGGCUGUGUCAGGAAAAUGUUUGGUUGCGUGACGAGCUAGCGAUCACGCAGCAAAAGCUGCAAACGUCCGAACAGAGCGUUGCGCAGCUGGAAGAAGAAAAGAAACAUCUAGAGUUUAUGGCUUCGGUGAAAAAGUAUGACGAGAUACAAGAAAACGAAGACAAUUUGGAAAAAUCGCGCACAGACCCGGUAGUGGAGCUGUUCCCAGAAGAUGAAACAGAGGAGCGCAACAACAUGUCACCGACGCCGCCGAAUCAAUUUGCGAAUCAUGCAAAUGCAGGAUACGAGAUACCGGCCCGUUUGCGUACACUGCACAACCUGGUUAUACAGUACGCGUCGCAAGGACGGUACGAAGUAGCUGUACCGCUGUGCAAACAGGCUUUAGAAGACCUGGAGAAAACCAGUGGGCACGAUCACCCCGAUGUAGCCACUAUGUUAAACAUCCUGGCUUUGGUAUACAGAGAUCAGAACAAAUAUAAGGAGGCAGCCAACCUGCUGAACGAUGCACUUACCAUUCGUGAAAAAACUCUCGGUGAAAACCAUCCGGCCGUAGCUGCUACAUUGAACAACUUGGCUGUUUUGUACGGUAAACGUGGCAAGUACAAGGAUGCGGAACCGCUGUGCAAACGGGCACUUGAGAUAAGAGAAAAUGUGCUCGGCAAAUCGCAUCCUGAUGUGGCCAAGCAGUUGAACAACUUGGCACUUCUUUGCCAAAAUCAGGCAAAAUACGAAGAGGUUGAAAUGUAUUACAAGCGAGCGUUAGAAAUUUACGAAAUGAAGCUAGGUGGGGACGAUCCGAACGUAGCUAAGACUCUCAAUAAUCUUGCCAGCUGCUACCUAAAACAGGGCAAAUACAAGGAAGCAGAAAUGCUGUACAAGGAGGUGCUAACGAGAGCACACGAGCGGGAAUUUGGUGCAAUUAAUGGAGAAAACAAACCAAUCUGGCAGGUGGCCGAAGAGCGGGAGGAGAACAAACUGAAGAACCGGGAAAACACCCCGUACGGUGAGUACGGUGGGUGGCAUAAGGCAGCCAAAGUUGACUCGCCCACCGUUACGACGACCUUGAAAAAUCUCGGUGCUCUGUAUAGAAGGCAGGGCAAGUACGAGGCGGCUGACACGCUGGAAGAUUGUGCUCUACGAAGCAAGAAAGAGGCAUUGGAUUUGGUGAAACAGUCGAAAGUGCUCGGUGUAGCGGACGAUAACAAGCGCCAGAAGAGCGGCAACAGCAAAGAUGAUAAUGAUGAUCACAACAAACGUGUGCACAAAUAGUAGGUGUUUCGCAGUCGCCCGCAAUAACUUUAAUUGCUAAUCCAGAACCAGAAUGAUUUAUACUAGCCGGUUGAAACAUUCAGCAAAGUGACAGAGAGAAUAGUUAGCAGUAUGGAGUAGAAGGUGUGCAGUGACUUUUCCAUUUCCAAACGCUGAUCCAAACCUUCAAGUCCAACGUGUAUCGGUGGUGUCGCUUGUUCAUAUUAGUUGUUUAUAUGUUUGUUUUAAUUUUUCAUUUUAUUACUGUAUUCCAGCCCAUUUCGUAAAUGACAACUAUUUCUCCUUCUUUAUGUUUACCUAUUUCUCUUUACUUCUUUCUCUCUGGCCAGUUAUCUAGAUCUCUCUCUCUCUCUCUCUCUCGCUUACAUUAUAUUUCGUUUUAUUCAGUUUAUCUCUACUAAUGGAAAUGUAUAAAUUGAUACACAGAAGGUUAACAAUUGUUUUAUGCAAACGAAGACAAGAAACUUGCAAAGAAACUUAAACAUUACGCGUGGCUUAAACAUAUGUAGUUUACAAUCCAAUAGAGAGAAAAAGUACACUGGCAGAAGGGAUUUUUAAAACUCUUUAUUAUUUUAUGGACACGAAAUUAAUCCGUUUGCAAAAAAUGUCUAGAAUGUUGUUGUAGCAUGAAAUGCUAAGCUCUUAGGAAAUAGAGACGAAAAACAUAAACAAACGAAUUGGAGUCCGAGUCUUUGAGAAGGCUUUAUAAGCAAAAGCUAAACUAACUGGCAAUAGGACGUGAAAGAGUAUUACUUUGCGAUAGAAAAGCGAAGGGAAAGUUCAUGGUAUCAAGAGACAGAGAGAGAGAGAGAGAGAGAGAGAGAGAGAGAGAGAGAGAGAGAGAGAGAGAGAGAGAGAGAGAGAGAGAGAGAA